CGCGCAUCGAUUGGCGCGCUAGCCGUGACCCCCACCAUGCUUUCGCUUUCACCCAAUGGGGCCUCACUUUCGCGCUCGCCCGCGCGCCGAGCCACGGCAGCCGGCACGCUGUCGUCGCCGGCGCUCAGUGACUGGUGCACCCUACGUGCGAGCAAGUGUUUUUCGUCGUGGACUCUCCGUGUGGCACGAGAGAAAAAGAAAAGAGAAGGAAGCGGAGCCUCGGUGUGCGUGUAGGUUUUGUUGGAUCCGUUGUGUCGUCGUCGUCGUCGUCGUCGUCGUCGUCUCUUUCGUUUGAGCGAACCGGGGAACGCGUCACGGAACUUCGAUCGAAAAUUGCGUUCCACGCUGCGCGCGCUCUGCGCCGGUGACCCUGACAUUCGACGGACGAGAGCGAACCGACACAUUUGCCCGACCGUGCCGGUUAGAGAAUCAUCUUUCGUACGAUAUCGUUCGACACCGAGUAUCCGAGGCCUUCGUCGACAAUAUACGCAGUUUCGAGUACGAACAGUCAUCGAGGGACUUAGACUUUGUCGAAACUACCGCGACGUGGCGUCGCGGAACCACGCUGACCUUGACUUUGUUGCACGAAACACAUUGCGACGCCACGACCGAAAGACAGAUUCUUUUCGAAACCGAGUCGCGCUCGUUGUUUACAGUGAUAUUUCUUGUAAUCGUGCUUGGAGUGACCAUUACUUCUUUUUUUUUCCACAAAUUCUCCGUGUCGAGAGGAAAGAACAUCAGCGAAUGACACUUAGUUCCAGCGUGUGUUCGUUCUGUUCCUGAUCACUGAUCGAACCAGCGCUAUUUUUCUCGUUGUGGUGCGCGCCUUUUUUUCUUUCAGUACCAGAUACAUCCGCUGCGUGUCUCUGCAAUUUACUGCGCGCCACUUGGCAAGCCAUCAAGAAGCCAGUCAUUGAAUGGAUGUGCGUGUGACGACGCAACCGAGACGCGGGAAAUGAGUGAAGAUGAAAGAAUAGAAUAACCGAGGAAUAACGUGGAAGAAACGAAGUUGUAUAACGCUUAGCCGCGCAGAGGUUUACCUCUGAUUAGCUACUUUGUCUACGGCCGAAGUGUCACUUACCUAGUUUCCCUAGAAUCGAGAAAACACGAUACGAAGCGUCGGUUUGUGGUUCACAACGGUGUACAACGAGUUAGAAGAGACGGGCCGGUUCGUAAGGGCGGGUUUGACAUCGAUCCGUGAGGAGGAAGUGAUGGCACCGCGGCGUCACGCGAACGGCCACGCUGGUGUACUGAUGGAGAACGGCGGAGGAGGAGCCGGUGGCGGUGGUAUAAACGACACGAUGGAGAACAACCUGCUAACACAGAAUCAGACGACCCGUUGCUGCACGCCUACCGGCGAGUGCCUCCGGGGUGACGCUUUAAUUCGCUUAAACGCUCUACACGACGCGGUCAAGGUGAUGUGCAACAACGAUAACUGCCCGAUCGGCCAGUUCAUGCAUCGCGAGUGUUUCGACGCCUGGGAGCAAACCGUGCUUACGUAUUUGAAGAGUUGCGGACGCGCCCGUAGCUGGUCCGAGCGACAGCGCCAUCAGAAUCUCUGGACGAAAAAGGGUUACGAUCUGGCCUUUAAAGCGUGCGGCUGCCGUUGCGGACGUGGACAUCUGAAGAAAGAUCUCGAUUGGAUGCCACCGGGAACCGGGAAUGUAACUGGUAACAGACAAGACGAGAACGAGGCGAAGAAGAAGAAACGACGCAAUCGUCAGAAUACCAGACCUACUUUAGCCGUUUCGGCUGGACCGCCGAGUCACGGCAAUCACGUUUCGACGAAUGGUCGCGGUCCAACCGAGGCACAGUUGAUCGAAUCCGGUCGUGGAAGGGCUGGCUCGCUCUCGUCCAGCACUGGUUCCAGCUCACCACCGGCCACCAGCGAACCCAGCGUUAGCCCCCUACAUCAGCCCCAGGUCAUUAUGAAGAAGAAGAGCAAGGUUGAUUUCUUCAGUGAUCGAGCUCGGCAAAGUUGCGGUGCGAAUGGAAUUUUCUCCCGUCGACUGGAUUUCAGCGCCUUCAACAGCCUGCCACGCACUAAACUCAACUCCUAUCACAUUAAGAUGGAAGACGAGGGCAAUCAUGGCAACGAUGAUACCAGAUGCUUCAUCUUGUCGACGCUGGCCGCGCUACAAUGGUCCAGAGUUUCCUGCGUUCUUUGUCGAGCACCCAUGCUCGUCUUCGACAGGUAUCCCUUGGUGGAUGGUACUUUCUUCUUGUCACCCAGACAACACUCGUCCGCCUGCGCGGAGGUUAAGGUCGAAGGUCGCACGCAAUUUUUGUCCGCUGUGUGUAUGAGCUGUCUGGAAGGCAGCGGUGGCCAACCAGUACGUUGUCGUUGCUGUACUCAGCCGUGGGACGGAUCUAGCUUGGUCCUUGGUACAAUGUACAGCUACGAUAUUUUCGCUGCCAUGCCUUGUUGCACCGAGCGACUCAAGUGCAACAGCUGCCAGAAGCCACUGAUCUAUCCGCACCAGCGGCUCAAUUUCUACUCGGACUACAGCCGCGUAUUCGCGUGUCCGCAUUGCCGAGCCGUGGACGCCCACUUCGUAAAACCGCUCUCAAUCUGCUUCACCCGCGAGCAGUUUCAGCUUUAUAGCCAGUGGCCGUAACCAUUAGGGAACUUAGCUAACCGGCGUCGAAGCAUCGCGACUGACCCGUGUCCCCUCUUCUUCGAUCCAUUGAUCUCCCUGCUCCGGGCGACCUUGCUCUAGAUCAUCCCCCCCUCCCCCACGCUCGUCAGAUCGUUUUAAUUCUUUCCUGUAAACGAUUAUCAUCCACCUGAAGAAGAUAACGACGACGAAGAAGAAAAAAGAAGAAGAAGAAGGAGAAGAAGACGAAAAAUGCGAGAAGAAAGCAACAAGAGCGUGAAAAAUCUCAGGCUCGGCACUUCGCUUUUUCUACGCUCUUUUAUUCAUUUUUCUCGGCAAGAACAAGUUUUGUUUUCUGUUUUUACAAGAAGCGAUCAAUUUUUAGUUUCUCAUUCGAGCGUUCCGAUUUUCGGGAACAUUGCCGAUGUGUUUCCAGUUAUCAAUCGAGCGAGUCAAGAAAAUGAUUUUCCCUUAUGUUACGUACGAACGUGUCAGGAUCUUGCCGAAAUGUCGAUUAACCUGAGAUCGAGAGUAUAAAGUGGACGUGUAAGGUCAUUACCGGCGAGUUCCCGUUUAAGGCUUUUUUCUUUCUAAAUGUCGAUAUAGUAGGGUUUAUCUAUGUUAAUUCAAUGCGAGGGACGAGGGAAACCUAGUACUUGGGCCACAACGACGAGUUCAUCCCAUCGAACGACAUGGGAACCAACGCAUCUCGACGGCGUAUCGAUCGAUUCGGCGGAGCUUCAACUCUUGGCGAGAAUUCGAGCCAAGGAUUAUCGUCAGUAUUAUUGGUAAGAUUAAUCAACAAAUCCCAGAACUGGAGUACGUUUCUGGUGGAAUUGAUCUUUAAGUUAGCAAAAGUUUGCGUAGGAAUCCACGUUUAGUGAAACGCGCGUGAAUUUCCUUCAUUUUCCUUUUCUUUCGUUCGUCUUUACGUGUCUUUACAUGAUUCUUCGUGCUGUAUUGGCAGAGAUACGAUUAGUCGAAUUUAAAUGCGAGUUAAAUAUCGUCGCGAAUAGAAUAGGCGUGUGUAUAAAGGAAAUUAGUCGUUCGAGGAAAUCUUGUUAGCUUUAGGGAAGUCGAACAAUUAGGUUUAAAAAGGUCGAACGUGAUCGAUACGUCGUCGAUUAUCGUCAGUUGCCGCGUUUCGUAUCGAGCAGCGAUUUUUUUAUAAGAAUCGUCCCUCGCGUCCCAUAGUUGAAUUGCGUUAACUGGAGGGAUAGAAGAAGAUAACGAAGAAACAAAAAUUACGAAUUGCAGAUAAGUAUAGAUCGAGAUACGCAGAAUGCUAAAAAGAAAAAGAAAAAAAAAUGGUCUAACUUUCCUGUAUAUUACGUAGGUAUGUAUAAGAAACAAACAUAAAAAAGAAAAAAAAUAAGAAAAAAAGAAAAAGAAGAAAAUGGUCACUUCGAAACGAAAAGGGGGAAGAGAUAAUGAACUAUCGUUUGUUACUUAGAUAAUCGAGAACGUUGUUUUUUUUACAUUUUAUUAGUUUAUACGUUUAUGGCGGCCAUGUUGAUUUUGUUUAAGGAUCUACGACUCAUUCGAUGGGUUUUCACGUUGAACGGCCGGGCGCCCAGCGAUCUUCCGCCCUCGAGACCAUUCUCUCUUCCUAAAUUUCGAUCCUUUAACUUCAUCCUUAUAUAUUUCGCUCCCUUUUUCGAUAACUCGAAACGUACGACUGGUUUACCACAGAUGAAAACAGAGCCUCGUUUGCUCUCCUCGAUCCCCUAAUACUUUUCCCUCCCUCUUUCGUUUCAAUUUCACAACGUUGGAAAUACUCCCGAAGGGUGGUCGAAAGCUGUGGGCGCCCGAAGUAGCCAGUGUAAAUACGUAAUUAAGUGGGAGAGAACGAGAGGGAGAGAGAAAAAAAAAGAGAAGAACGAGCCAUAUGCAGGUUCGUUCGUGAAAGCCUGUGAAAGAAUGGUAUAGAACGUAAGCGAGAAAGAACGAAGCGUCUGUAAGAGAGGGAGAGAAUACGAGAAUGGAUGACAGCGUGAAAGAAGGGAGCGAAGAAAAAAAAAAAAGAAAGAAGAAAUAAAAUCUUCGUUUUUCUGGCGAUGCUGGUCGUUGCUGUCCAUCAAUAGCGGCCGUCCCACAAACAGAAGACCGCCCACCGUUUUCCCAAGGUAGUAUAGUCGAUCGUGUACCUUCUUUACGUUAUUUCGAUUUAAAAGUAUACUUAAUCCAUUCGUACGCCGGGAAGAAUAUUUAGGAGAUUUCUAUAUUGUGUCCCGUACAGGUUUUUAGCGAGGACCCCGUGAACCCCGUUGCCUGACGCCUUUCACGAACCAUUUUCUCGUCUUCGUUGCUCGAUCUCGCCACGAGAUUCUUUUCUCUUCGUCUGAUAGCGCGAGAAUAAAUAUAUACGAAGAAGGAGAAAAAGAAGGAGAAGGUUGUUUCGUUUUUUACGUGCUUUUCUUUCACUUUUCUUCGUUCGUUCGAGAAAUGUUCGAGGCUGUUACGGUGGCGGGCUUCAUUUAACCGAGCACACACUAUACGACGAUUUGAUCUAUGAGAAUAUCAGCGAGUGAGAGUAAGACAUGGGAUCAGAGCGAACGAACCAGAAGGUAGAGAAAGGGGUGCACAAAUUGCUGAAAACGUUUUCUGUGUACGAGUGGAAGGGGCGAGAAAGAACGAGAGACAUAGAGGGAUUAAAGAGGGAAAAAAUAAAAAAAAAAAGAAAAAAAGGAAAAAAAAGAGAAGAAUGGGAUAAGAAUAUUUGUACAAGAGAACGCGCUAGUUCUCUGAAUGCACACGUGUAUUCGGGGAUAAAUAGAAGUACAUUAUGUCCGCGUGGAACACUUCCUUUUUGGGUAGCCGAAUACGACGAGCCGAAGAGUGCGUUAUCAUCACCGUCGUCCGAUUUUGCCACGCGACGAAACCGCGUUUCUCGUUCAGUUUUCUUCGUUUCCUUUUUAUCGUUCGCUUUUGUCGUGUCGCGAGCAAGCCUCUGCGUCUAAGCAGUCGAGAGACACAGACAAACGCACACAGACGGGAACGAACAGAGGAGAAGAUGGAGUUGUUGGAGGAUCGUCUCUCGUUACGUUUUUCUCAGAGUGCCAAAUAGCGGGAAGAAAGAUUGUGAGAGAAUGGAAGGGAAAUAGGAAAACAAGUAACUGCGAGUCUGUGAAUCUUUCCCAUAGAUGUUCGAAACCCGAUUUUCUUAGCUUCCUCGCUUUUCAUCUGGUUAUCAAGGGUACACUUUCGUUUAUAAGUCGCAGGAUAUUUGCUAAUUUUAAACAAUUCUGAUAAAGUAAAUUCGAUGUAAAAUCUUAGAAAAAAAAAGUAGUAUAAUUUAUGGCUUUCCGUGUAAAACACACGGAUUACACACAUCGAUAACGUAUCAACUUCAUCUUGUAAUCGAGGAAUUUUUUUUUAGAAACGAGCCGCAGGUAAACGUGGCGAAUUAAGUUUUGGAAGCUUUAGUUCCAAUUUUUUAAAUGUUAAUCACGUUUGGAUCGGUAAUUAUAACGGUUCCUAAAGAAGAAUUUCUUUUUUGCAUUAUUCAAAUCAAUGCAUGAUUUCAAAUCAAUCGAUGCUUUCUUAAUAAAUCCUGGACGAGUAAGAAUAAAUUUUAGAUAGCAAGUUCAAGUAUCUUCUUUAUACAUUCGUUUGUAAAAACAGAAUAUUUUUUCGUAAAUCUUUCUCCCGAAAGUUCUUCGUUCAUUCGCGUUUAUUCAGCGAUUUCAUCACAUAUUCUACGAUAUAUCAAAUAUUCCGUGACUUAUAAGCACCGAUAUACGCAUGUAUGGUCGUAAAAGCUACAUCGAAGUAUAGCCCAAACACACAUAGAAAUUUCAUGCUCGAUUUUAGCAAUUAGAAAUAAUCUCGGAGCUGUGGUGGUUGAUAUAUUCGUUUUUAUUACUUCUUUGUUCAUACCCAGUGAUUCUAGACGUAUAACUAAAUAACAAAAUGCUACACGUGUGUGCGAUUCGUUCCUCGUUUCGGUUCAAACGCGAGAAGCUCGCGUCAUGCUCGCGUGUGCGACGAUCCUGCGCGCACACGUUCUAGGAACUUUCUGUUCCUGCGUGUUUUCCGCGCGCGCCUUUCGAGCGUGGAAAGCGCGAAACAAAAGAAAUAUGAAACUUCUGUUCGCGCCACGAAGCGCGCGAGCGCGCCUACUUUUUGUACUCCCUACCGUUUUCAAUUUUCGCUACGUGGUUCGCGUCGUUGAACACCAUAGGUGCCCUGCGAUACGUAUAUCGGGAGAUUCAUCGGCUCACUUUUAGUUCCUAUCGCGAGUCGAUCGACGGAGGAACGAAGGAAACAGUGGUGGAAUUCCUCUUCGCGAGAAGCCGAUCGCAACGCGUGUCCCUUCGAUCGAUCGUCGUCUUCGAGAUUUCAUCGAGAUCGCAAGAUCAACCGAGUUCUCUUUCCUCUUGGUUCGUGAUGAACUUUUUAAAAUGCCGAACCGAAAAUCAUAGCAACGUAGAUCAAGAUUACACGAUAUGCUUUUGUUUCUUUUUAUACUUACGAAACGAAUAAAAAGUUCCAUAGUAAUUCAAUUAUUCAAUUGACGGAGUAAUACAGUCAGUACCUAUGUAUUGGUAUUAAAAACAAAAUGGUGAAUAGUACUAUGUAAGUUUGUCGAAAAUUAUUUGUGUUACAAUUUUUAAACGUGUCAUUCCUUUAGUUUCGUAAUUAAUUCGAUCGAAAUUUUUCGUUACUUACCACAAUGUAGUUUCAUGACUCGAGAAACAUAUAAUGAACUUUUCACAACGAUAAACGCAGAACGUUAUUUUAUGAAAACUAGCAAACCAUUAUGAUUCUCAACUUUAGAUACGCAGACCCAUAGGCGAAGAACGUAAUUAUAGUAAACUAACCUCGAUAUUCAACAAACUGCGUAACUCGCUAUCUAAUGAUAAAGUAGCAGUCGGCGCAACUAAUUGGCUUCGAUAUGUUAUCACGUGGAACUAAUUUAAAAGAAACGAAUUCUACCGCUUUUAUACGAUUCGUACGAAUUAUUGGAAGAAACAAACGCUACGAACUCACGUUCGAAACACGCGAUCUCUGAAAGAAAGUCGGCAUCGAUCGAUCGUGGAAAGGACCGCGACGUUCGAGGCACCUGAUUCGAUUUGUAAAAAAGAUUUCGUCAGUUUCGACGCGUCGACGUACCUAUAUCUAGAAUGUUUAAGGGAAGAAACUGCAUCGAGGAAUCGUAGCAAGCAACUUGGAGAAAAUAUUCUGCAACUUGCAACAGGAGGAUGAACGAUAAAUGGAGAAAAGGAACGGACGGUAGUAAGAGCGCGAUUAGUUUCUCUAUGAUGCGUCGACGCAUAAUGACGCACUCGCUCUGUAGUUGCUUAAGGCUAAACAUUAAAGCUAGGCUAAUCCUUUUUUAUUCCCCGAGUAAAAGUCGCUGUAACGAUUUUCUACUUUCGCACGAUGCUCGGUGACGCUCGUCGACGAACGGAGGGCGGUUUCAGGUAGGGAGGAAACGAUGCACGUUCGCGACGAUCGCCUUCUCCUCGACUACAAGAAACUACACGCAAUUUUUCUCCCGUUGACGAAUCUACCUCGAUCCACGCGACCCCGGGAGCAGAGAAUUCUUUGGUCGUGCCGGGAACUUGUUUCUUUCUCUCGCGGCUAGCCGAUGCAAUAAUCGUUGGAAGAUCGAGGAAAGAAAAUCCGGUUGCCUGCUGAUGAAGCGUUCUUCGCCGCGACGAUUCGAAUCUUCCCCCGCGAUCCGUUCGUACAGCGACGUCCAUCGAGCGAACGAUUUUCUAUGUCGGUGUUUUUAUAGAAAGAGUACGACGAGUGAAACAGAGAAACGUGUCCAUGAACACGGUCGAGACUAUUCGAAACGAAAGACCAUCCACAAAGGUGUUUCAAAGUGUGGAGAAAGAAGAAAGGUUUUUCGCUCGUGUUCGCGGGUUUCUCUGAGUCUUGUCGAUUGUCGUAAUCGUGUCCGUGGAUUCUUCUAAUGAUAAUUAAUCGAAUAGCACAUCUAUAUGGCACGUUGAGGGGAUGGGAUUAAGGGUUGUAUGUGGUUGGGGAAUUAUAUACAACAAAGGGGGGAGGGGGGCUAACAAUGAAGCAAACGCGAGAAAAGAAAUUCUUUUUGCGAAGGUCUUGAGGAUGGGAAUUAAAGGAGAGAGGUUAUGAAUGGUUGAACUAUGAAUAGAGUUUAGCAUAUAGUCAUUAUGAAGGGUAAGAGGUGGUGAUGUAAGGAAGGAGGAGAGGUUUUGAAAUCAUCGAUAAAUAUGUAAGUUUAUUGGAAAACGACGGUUUUCAGAUUCUAGUUAAGAGAACUUUCUUCGUUUCGCCCGUCGGCUGGCCAGCCGGUCGACGCCCAAAGAGAUAUCCUUGAAUUUCGUUGAAUAUUUUAGAAACUCGGCUCUAACUCGGUUAUCGCUCGACGCUCGAUACCGCGAAUUCUUCUUCUCGAUCGUUUCAAACAGCGUAAUUAAGAAGAUCGUUGUACCGUCUUCUAUCGAACAGAGAAACCGAAGAAGAACGAAUUUUCCACGAAAAGGAAAAGAAGAGAAACGCGAAAGAAACGGAAGGCGAAGAGAAAUCGUACUGUCGAGCGAUCGAGAAUCGUUCUAGUGAUAGGCUACUGUGUCGUAUUUGUGGAUGCUCGACAGAGGAAUAGAAGAAAGGAUGGUGGUGAGAAAGAAACGAGAAGAAAAAAGAAUUUUAUCCUGCAAUUUAUAUAUCGGUUGUUCUUCGAGACGUUCUUUUUCACGCGGACAUUCACGCGAUUUAAAAUAAUCUAAUAAGAAGAUGAAGUAUAUAUAUAUAUAUAUAUAUAUAUAUUAUAUAUGAAAAUAAAUAUGAAAUAUUAUAUAUGAAUUCUACGUUUAAGGAUCGGUUUUUUGUCUCUUAGUGUGUAAGGUUCUCUUUACAGCUGUGCUAGACAACUAUAGGUAUACAUAAACGACGAUAUAUUAUAUAUACAUAAACGACAUUACACUACGGUAACAGAAUUCACGCAUAUUAAAUGUAUAAAGAAGCAGAAUAAACGCGGUACGAGGUCUGCGUGCGGGAAUCGCUCGUACGAGGCGCUCGUACGGCUCUCCUUAGGAAUAUAAAGAAAAAAAAAACACGUCUUGUAUAUCUAUUUAGUGAUUAAACUACGUACAACGUUUCAUAUGGAAACGAGAGGUGGACGCGUGAAACGAUCGGGCGGCGAUUUACCAAAUACGUACGAUGAUCCUUCGUUUUUCUCUUCCUUUUUCUGUUUUUUUUAAUCUUCUCGGUGAACUUUCAAACGAAACGACAGGAAAAAUACGAAGUACGAGAGACAAUAAGAGUACCUCUGUAAUCGUCCAUGGUUCGGCUGAAGGAGAAUUAACAAAAAAAAAAAGAAAAAGAAAUAAUAUACAAAUUCUAAAACAUGAAAUAAUAAACUAAGAAGUAGACGAGAGAAACGAAAACAAUUGAAAGUCCUGAGAAAGAUGAAACGUCGGGAUAUUUAAUCGAAAUUAAAGAGAAUCACAUAGGGGAACAACGUGCGUGUUUGAUAGGAGAAAAUCGUCGCACGAUCUUUCACUGUAGUCGGUUUUUUUUUUUACGUCUGUGACAUACACGCACCCACUCACACAUACACGCACACACCUGCAUACAUAGGUAUACCGAUACAUUGGAAUGAGUACGCGCGCCGCGCGAACCAACACGACACACCUAAUAUAUAUAUAUAUAUAUACAAGGACAGCAGAUAUACCAACACUUAAGUACACAUACAUACACAUUUAUACAUAUGUACACAGGUGAUGUUCUUUCAGUAGUCGCAAUUAUAAAUCGCCGAGCCGCGUGGAUCGUGAUCAGAAACGCGUUCGAGCUUUUCUUACAGCGCCUCCUCGUUAACGUUUCAUCGAGCACACCGGCUCGCUCGUUAGUCCAUUUUUAAUUUCAUUCCCCUUUCUGCCGACGCGACGUCGAGAGUUCUUCCGUGCGACCACCUUUUUCCUUUUUUUUUUUUUAAAUCCAUCGAGAUGUUUUCGAUUCCUUGAAAUCUCUACAUUUCACACUCCCGUUCUUCGUUUAAACGGGCAACCAAUUAAUUGACGUUCCGUUGCAACUGUUAGUUGCCCGAUUCAGUGGUCCUCGCGAAUGUCCUUUCAAUUUAAAAAUUUUAUUCUUUUACCAUCGAUGGAUACGAGUUGCUUUUAAGUUAGGAAGAAAUAUUUUGCGAAGUCGUACGGAAGACACAGGGGGUAGAAAGGGGUGCACGCGAAAUGGUGAUACUUUUUUGUGAUCGAUACAAGAAAUCGACGCCCUCCAGCGUCGAGUCGCGGUUAAAUAGAAUGCUCGAUUUAUUGCACCGAACGAUUGGAAUAAAACAGUGAACGACGAUCCAUCGACACAUCUUUGAACACUUUUUUCCAAUCGUUUAAAGAUCGUAGCCGUAUCGCUUUAGUUUUCUUCCGAGCAGAUUUCAUUUAAUUUUCGCUUCUGCAUAGAAUAAUAUGUAGGUCUACAACGAGAUGUACUACUCCUUUGAUUUAUUCCUCGACUCAUCGUACGACGACGUCCGUUUCCACGGCGUCGAUGAUCGCUCGUAGUCGAGUACGAUUUAUCGCUAUCGCAUCGUAGGUUUCUUAGAGAUAUUUUUAAUUAGUUUCCAAUCACAGAGACGAACGAACAACGCGGCAGCUGUCGCGCGAAUUUCAAGCUCGUUCAGCAUCUCGAAUCUGUACGGUGAUUGAUUUUUCUUUACUUUGCCGCUCCGUUCGCGAACGACAGAUCGAUGAGUCCAUUGUGCAGAGAAUAACACGAUUCUCCUUUCUAUAUUAUUUUUUCUCUUUGAUUUUCGUUUGGCGAUCCUGUUGUCCAUUGAGUCGAACGCGCCACGGCUCGAUCGUGAUUGUUCGACAUUUAGGUACCUUUUAACACGCGUUUCUAAAUUAGGUUCCAUCGACUAUGAACAUUCGUCUGGCGUCUAGUUUUAGUCGCGAGAGUCGCGGGUACGUCUCUGAGGGUUUUUCUUCGAAAUUGAUCGAAGUAAGGCGGCGAGAUUCAUGAAAAACUACGGAUACCUUAAUUACCUCAAGUUAUUAAUUAAAUUAUUAGAAGGCGCGUUGUGUAUCGUCCAUCGGGUUGUAAAAGAUGUUGGUCAAAGUUUGAUCGACGUGCCCGCGGGGUCGAGCGUUUUUCUCGUUUUCCAGCCCGGUUAUUUUCAGGCGCAGAGACGUGGAAAGAGCGAGGGUAUGAAUGGGAGCAGAACGAACGAGAGCGAAAGACGUUAGAGCGAUUCUAUGCACGACGAGAAUGCAGUGUGAGAGAGGGUUGAACGUUAAAUGGAGAGAUAAAGAGAAUAAAAAGAAAAAAAAGAAACUGAAAAGAGGAGAAGAAAAAGAAGCAUUUAACCGAAUCGCGCCACUUGUCUAUCGACAGAACGCGACCUUAUCGAAAGACGUACAAAGUGAGAAAGAUGGAGAGGAAAAAAAGAUAAUAUUAACGCGAACGUGGAACCGGAAGGGCGUCGUUCCAUGAUCCGGGGAAAGCGAGUUGAGACGAGAAAGACAAGCAAGGAAGACGCGAUUGGUUAUACAUAAUCCUCCCCCUGUGGAAAAAAUCCUUUCGGUUUCGCGUGUGUCGAGCCCCGAUUAAGUUUGACAGAUUAUAAAUCUCACUCCCUCCCUUUUUGUAAACGCUGAUUCAGAGGCCACUGUUUUUUCCACGCCCAACACGACGAUGAAAAGAGAACGAGUGAAAGAAAGAGAAAUAGAGAGAGAGAGAGAGAGCGAGCGAGCGAGAGAGAGAGAGAGAGAGAGAGAAAGAGAGCGCGCGUAUUAGGGAAAAUGAAGAAGAUAAAAAAAGAUUGAUUAUGCCAUGGAGAUCUCCUGUAAUUGAUGCGUGUAAUUUAAAAUGUACAUUGCCCAAAAAUAUGGUGUUGUUAUAAUACUGAAACGUGUUACGGACGACGAAGAAAUUUUAUCGAGUGCGCUACUGGAGAGCGAUUUUGUUUUUUCUCGCGGACGGCGUUUACGUUGACCCUGUUCUUCGCGCCUUGUCUCUCGACGCGAUUAUAAUAAUCCUACCGUUGAUCCUUAAAAAAAAAAAAAAGAAAAAAGAAAAAGAAAAAAAGAAAAAAAAAGCGAGAAAGAAAGAAAGUUUAUUAUCGAAGUAACGAGGGCUUAGGAAAAGUAGAAAGAAGGGAGGAUUAAAAAAAAAAAGUGGGAAGACAGAGAGGAGAGAUCGAAAGAUGAAAAGAGGAAGGUUUUUUUACUUCUCGAGAGAUUACACGACGUACCUAUUUGAAACAACCCACACACCCCCCUUUUUCGUCCAGUCACGGACGUGUCCCAGCGAAAAGAAUUCUUUGGCGCGUUUUUUAGAGAAAGAUUUUUAUAUCGAGAGGUUGAUCGGGAGGCAAGGCCGACGAUCGCCGACCACGCAAAUAAUACACACACCGGCUGUCUUUCACACUCUAAGAAAGAACCGGGCUCCCAGCGAAUCGAGCGGGAUCUACGAUUUUUCACGGUGAACUGACGGAAUAUGUCAUACGGUGGUGGAAGCGUGUAUAUCGGGUGCCAAAUCACGUUGAACGGGUUGCUGUUGGAAAUAUCACUUUUCGAAGCUUUUGCGAACAACUUCUUGAACCUACAGUCCAAAUUUGCUCAACCAUAAAAAGGAAAAACGUAUAUCGAGCAUUCUCUUCUUUGGCCGUGUAACGAAUGUAUAUGUAUAUCGUGAAGGUGAUUUCUCAAGAAGCUGGUGUUUCCCCUCUGUAGACGAAUCUCGGAAGGAGCUCGGAAAGACCUGAAAGUUCACUAAUCCUGGGAGCCCGGCCAUUAUCGAGUCGAUUGGAGAUAGGUUGGCUAAGGUACAAAUGUACAUAGGAACAUAAUGUUGUUAUUUAACCUAUAACACCUGCUUCUCGUUUGCUUCCUCUUGUUUUAAAAUUAAAAAAAAAAAAGAGAAAGGAAUAAAAGAGAUCAUAUAAGCUAUAACUUUGAAAAAAUGAUCAAAGGUAUCGACAUAUUGUACAAUGUACCUUUUACACGAAGAGAACGAGAUAAAAUAAAAAUAAAGGAAAUAAUUAAAAAGCUUAAAAAUUCAGAGGACAGAGGUUUCGACAUUUCGCGGUUUCUUCUAAGAACGAGAUGGAGCAAACGAACGAAAACGCAAAACAGACAAAAGAGAGACAGGGAGAGAGAGAGAGAGAGAGAAAGGUGGAUAUGCAAACCGAUAUCGCGGAUGGAGGAUCGAUGAGUUAAUCGACGUGUAGCUGCGUAGACAAUUGGUUCACGGCUCUUCGCGUUUCACCUUCGUUCCGUUCGUUCCUUCGAAUCGUCGUUGGUCCUCCCAGUUUCCAUUUAUUCCCUUUCACCCGUGUCUUCGUUUCGUUUCAGCCACCGCGCGUGGAUGGCCCGGUUUUUACGAGCCGUGAUCCAAUCGAUCGCAAGGAGAGAGCAAGAGAGUGAAUGAGUCUCGUUAUGGUGGGAAUGAAAGCAACGAAAAAUUCCAUAGAGAAGAGAGAACGAAAGAACACAGAAAAUACAUAUACACGUACAGAUACAUAAACUCGUACACGGCUUCUAUUACUCGUCGCGAACGACGGUUCAAUUUUCGCUUCGUUUUCGUUUUCCAUUCUCUGCGUUAUGGCGUCUUCAUCUAGAUUCUCUCGAGUCAGGGCUAGUGACUGGCGUUCGAUUUUUACCCUCGUGCCACCGUUCCGCGCUAAUGUCCCCCUCGAGUGUCUUAUGGAAGCUCGAUGUAUUUAAAAAGGGAGAAAAUCUUCGAAUACAAACUCUUCCAUCGAGAAUGAGAUUUCCUUGAAAUCCACGACUCCAAGACUCUACGACGGUUCUUGUAUUCUAUUACACGGAUACAACGACGCAAGGAUAUUCUCGCUUUUUUCUUUUGAAAGUUUGCUUUUCACCAAUGGACACUCGAGGAACGAGACGAAGGUGCGGAAAAGCACGAGCAAGAAAGGGUGAAGAGAUAUUUGGAUGAAGCAAGAUAAUGGAUACGCGCGUGCAACGAUCGUAAUUAAGCUUUCACAGUGGAGACGCGUAAUUAAUCGUUAGUUGGUAGGCCGCCCCGAAGUAUCGAAACCCGUUUACAGGCAAUUUCCUCAAGGGGUAAACCAAUGUGUCUGAAUGGCGUGUGGAUGUGCUAUAAUCACCUACUACUCCCUUCCCCUACGUACAUUUAAUCGCGUUUUACUCUGUGUGUGUAUACAUAUAGUCUUACGUAUAUACAUGUAUGUAAUCGUGUGUAUCGCUAACCAAUUCCCUUGUUAGUAGUACUUUCUUCUGCCGUGUCUCUAAGUAUAGUCCUCUCGGCAGAGUUCUUCGCACCAACGUAGAGAAAUACUCUGAAAAUUCUCUCCUCAAUCAUGAUCGAUGUUUUCGAUGAUAAUUCGUAAUUUGUUCUUAAUCGUAGAGCCGUAGAAUCGCAAUAAAGUAACAGAGUCGAGGCGGAGAGAAUAAAUAUCGAAGAGAACAUCGAUUUUUCUUCAAAUCGGCAAUUGAAGAUUUUAAGCGUGAAGCUGACACGAGCGAAAUUUUCAGAGUGACACGAAGCACCAAGCGUAAGCUUGCACGUGUGUAUUUGUAAUACGGUUUUUCCAGCGUAUACGUCACGACACCUUGCGUGUGUAAGACUGCGACAUAGAUUUUGCACUCGGUUGUAAGAAGAAGAGGGAGAAAGAGAGGCGACAGCGCGGAAAUAUCACCGUGGAAUAUCGACACCAAUUCAGCGACGUGUAUUUUUUGUUUCCUUUCAGUCGUUCCGUUUUUACGCGCGCGGAUAGUCGCGUGGAUCCGAACAGCGAGCUCGUUUCAUAGGAUACUCGGCGUUUUUCUAUCGGUCAUUGCGGAAAGUCAUUUAAAAGAAUACGACGAUGGACAGAAAAAAAGAGAGAAGCGAAAGGGCGGAGAGUCUUCCGCGUGAAAACGAUAAGCAAUCUCCUUUUUUUAUAUCGGUGAGAAAAAAUUGUAAUAAUUACCAUAAUCUACGUGUCGUGUUUAGGGUAGUCUUUUUUAUACGUAUUUCGAAAAGAAACAAGAAUCGUCGAAUCGAAUAAUCGAUAAAAUAACAUCGCGUGUGAUCGAGGAUCUCGUAACGAAUUUUGGUUAGAGUGAAUCGUAAUUCGAAGUCGGGGCAUUUUUAUUCGGCUGUGUUUAUUAAGCGGGGGGUUAAGAAAAGGAAAUUCUGAGAGAAAAGUAAAAAAGAAAAAAAAAAGAAACGAAAAAACUUCGCGUAGUAUUCGGAUAAGGCUUUCGAAAUUUAGAUGAAUAAUUUUUGUACCCUAUUUUUUUAAGCGAUCGCCGAGGCGAUCAGGAAACGAGAUCGGGCAAAAAGGGUCGUACGUUCUUUAAAACGCGCUAGGAUUUAUAGCUCGUGUUAAGUUUAGUUUAAGCGUAUAACCGCGUCGCGUAACAUAAAUUAGUAGCUGUUGACAAGAGGAGAAAGAGAAAGAUACGAAUGAAAAAGAAGAUUGGGAACUUGACAAGGAGGGAGGAAAAAAGAUAAACAUCUUCUUAAAAAGAAGUUAAAAGACACGCCACAGGAAAAAAAAAAAGAAGGAGAAGACGAGAAAGAUGCUUUCGAGAUCUUCCGAGAAAAACUUUGAUCGAGGUGUUCGCCUCUGUUCAGCCCUUUCACACGUGCGAUCGAACUUUUCAAUUCGUCCGCGUGAGGAGGAGGAGGUUCCCUUUGAAACGGAAAAGGGUGGCGAAGAGGAGAAACGACCAUCGAAUUCGCGUAUUUCUUCAAGAAAUUAGAAACAGUUAACACGCUUAUGCUCCUCGAGUCGAAUAACUCACCGAAUUCAUUCUGAAAUUGAACGAAGGAUAAUACGAAAACAAGCACAAUGCGUAUUACGUGGCGAGAAAAAGAGAGAGAAAGAGAGAGAGAGAGAGUGAGAGGAAAAGAAGAAUGAAGUUGAACGAAUUCUGUGGAAAAACGAGUACCAAUCGCGAAGCCCGCGUUUUCUUCUAGUUGUAUAAUUCUUCUAACGCGUGUUUAGCUUGUACUAAUUAAUUCGUUAAUUAAUGUCGAUUGUAAAGUAACGUGAAGGCCGGAAGGAGGGGAGUGACCGAUCGGAGGGCAUAUAGAAAGGAAUGGAAAAACGGAUCUAAAAUCAGGAAAAAGGAAGUAUGGCGAAGGAGGAAAAAAUGUUUUAAAAAACGAGUAAUAAGGAAUCAUAGUAAAACACAAGCAUUCUUGUGCAUUGCGAAAGCAACAAAAUAAUCAAUGCUGGUAGUGCGGACCAAACGGGACAACUGACAGAGGGUGCUUCAAAGCAAGGAUAACGAAGAGGAAAGAAAGUGAAGGAGAAAAGAGAUAAAAUGGGACGAAGACUUGUCGAGGCAUGGGAAAUUGAGGAAAUUGAAAAGAGGAGGGAAAGAAAGAGAGAUGCGAGAUUCGUAAAAUUGCCGCUCCAUCGGAAAUCAACGUCUAGAAGACUCGUUCGUAGUGGUUAAAAAAAGAAAACAUUUUUCCACGAAGCGUGUUGCUUCUCUCGAGCGAUUUUCACGAAAAUAUUCUAACGAGUCGUUUCAAUUUAGUCCUGUUGCGCCUCUACUGUCCUCUUUCUUUCGUCGCUAAACUUUUUUAUACUAUUGACAUGUUCAAGUAUCGAGUAAAGAUUUCGAUUUUUAAACGGGGUGAAGUGACUCGAGAGAAAAAGACGCUUCGGAGAUCCAUGAUUGGCUACGUGGUAUUCGAAAGCGAUACACCAUUCUUAACGUUUAAGGCUUGUACGAAAUUCUUCUAUCGGACUCAGUGCGUUUGUCUGUCAGGGUAAGCUCGCUGUCUCAUUGACGGAAAUAUUUCUGUAUCGAUGUACGUGAAAUGUAUAAGGAAGAGCGCGGUCAUGCGUCGUACGAAACUUCUGCCUCGAGAGAUUAGGAUGUCUCGCGAAUUAAGAUCUUUCUGGUAUUCGUCGUUAUCGUCGUUUCAUUUAAACGUUUGUCAUUUUUCAUUUUUUUUGUUAAAUUCGAUCGUCAGACUCUUUAAAACGGAUAGCUUUUUAUUUAUAACGCGCUUAGGACGGUGAUAAACGAUGAAGCAGUGCCGAAACAAUCUAUCGCGGUUCCUUUCUUUCUUUUAGUUUCUUGUUAAGGAGAAAAAUGGAAUAAAAAUAACGUAAACGAGAAAUUUGAUCGAAUCGUUGGUUUAAACACGAUAAAUGAUCGGAUAUGUAAGAAAGAAAGAUGAAAUUUACGCGAGACUUUCCCAAGGAAAUCUUCGACGAAGGAAGAAGCAAUCGUAACGACGUUUCGAUCGAUUAUCCUUCGAACUAACGCGCGUUCGAUAUAUAAUGCAAUAUAUACACGCAGUUAAUUGUAUUAAGACGUACGUAACUAUAAUCGCUAUUUGCUGUUUCGAUCGUAGAGGUUAGACGAGAUAUAUCCCACCUGCCUGUAUCGCACGCGCAACCUUCGCGAAGAUGAUAAUCCUUUCUCGAGGAGGAAGAGAAGAGCCCAGGCGCUUCUAAGCGGCGAGACUCGUGUAUACAUAACUCGUAGGUUACCCUUUGCUCGUAGUAAUUAAAUACUCGAUCGAAGCUAUCCCCCAUUUCUUCGUGUAGCUUGCGAAUAGCUGAAAAACGUCGGCGCGUUCACGUCGCGAUAAAUCAAUCAGCGAUGAAAAGAGAAAGAAAGAUCCUGUAAAUCGUCCGAUCGAUCGUUGCUUGGAAUUAAAGAACGAGUCGAAGCGAUUUAAUCGAGCGAAAAGAUUUUAUUCUUGAAAGGAGCAGUGAAAGACGAGAACGACUUGAAUGCGCCGCCGCGGUGAUCAGCGAUCUCGAAUGAGUGGCGAAUGAGUGUGAAAAACGAAAGGAUCUUAACCCAUCGGUGAAUUUGCAGCCCGCCAAGAAUAAAAUAUAAAAGAGAAAAAUGGUAUACACCGGCUCACGAAAGUCUUUGAUCAUUCACCGCAAAACUUUUUACUUCUAUAUCGCGUGUGUUAUACACGACGUUUUAAAAUUUCAUUGCUAUUGUUGCGACGAUAUUGGCAAAGUUCGAGACCAAUUUGAACGAUGUAUAUAGAAAUUACGAGAUGUUUAUUACAAACGUACGUUUCGUGGAAAAUAGUAUUCGAAUUCUUUCGUGUACCCGUGUAUAUGUAUAGAAAGCUCCGUUGACGAAAUCGUAUUCCGGAAGCCCUUGUCCGAACGAAUUCUCGUUGGCCAACAGACCAACGCUAUAGCUUUCCUUUCCGUUCCACCGCGUUCUACACCUUUUUUUCGACACGGGAGAACAAAGAGGGAGAAAGAGAGGAGAAAGAAAAGAUACAGAGACGAUGGCGAGCGAAAGAGUGAAGGGAAACGAAAUCCGAUGCCCGUUGGUCGCCGACCACGAGGAGAAACAUCGACUCGAGCCACUUUGUGUAAAACGCUCCCUCUGGUUCAAGAGUGACGAUCAUUGCAUUACAAAUGAAGAACGCCGGAGAAAGAGACACGAGUCGCAAGGACGGAAGCUGUGAGCCAGAAAACAGAAGGGACAUAUUAAUACCUUUAUUUUGAAUCGUUGCUUCGAGGAGCAUUCGUCCAUCCUUACUCGACACUAUUUAAUUUAAUUGGCAGACGUCUCGAGUGCUGUGCAAAUGGAAAAAAAAAAGAAAAAAAAAAAGAAAAAAAAGAAAUGAAAGAGAAAAGGAAGAGCCUGGACUCGCGAGCAGAGGGAACAAAGACUAGCUGUUUUCCUUUUUAUCACGAAGAACGGAAACGGAGAAGCGAAAAAAGGGAUUCGUCCGUUUAUACGGCAGGACAAUGAAUAAAAGAAUAUGCUGGUCCGCGAUUGUGAGCUUUAAUUGAACGCCACGUUCUUGCAAUGAUGGUCCUCGUUCUUCGUGGUCGGCCGUGGCAACGGAGGAGCGUUUCGUUUGGUCGACCUGGCUGUCUCCCGCUCAAUGAAUUCGGAGCUAAUUUACCGAUAUUCGAGCGGUCUGAAGUGGAUAUCGACGAGUUGAAAAAUCUGGCAGAGCUACCGCGUCGAUCGAUAAUCGUUUAUCGAUGAGAGGAUUCACAGUGAAAAUUGCUCGGAAUUCGAUGGCGAGAGACAGAGUCCGAGGUCUUCUCUAUACCUCCCCUAUGAGAGUACAAAUUUUUCUAACAAAAGUAAUUAUAUUCGAGCGACGAAUGGAAUAUUGACGCAAGGAAGCAGCAACAAGGAAGACGACGCGAGACAGAAGAGAAACGAGUGACAGUCAGAUCGAUCGUAGAUUAGUGUAAAUGAGAAUUUGCGUGUGUGAGUUUACGAGAAAGGGCGGCGGAAAUCGGUAUGCUUGCUCGAGUGAAAAAUAAUACGGCGUGAGAGAGCGAAAGAAACGUGAGAAUGCUUAACGAGAAAAGGAAAAGGUAAUAUUAAGAGGAAGAGAGUAAACGUUUAACGAUGUUUUCCCCUGGUGGUAUGAGUAUAUUACGACGAUCUAAAAUUAACAAAUGAUCUAUUAUAUUAUAUGGUGUAUGUACCGUAUACUUAUCUAGAGUUAGGUCUCAUUUCAAACGUGUUACGUAUUAAACGAGGUACGAUACGUAUAACAUAUAUUAUUGUAUACAUUUAACGAGCAUACGCAUACCUGUACGUUAACGAUCUAGACUGCCAUUAGCACUUAAGGCGCGGCUUCGCCCGAUUUAUCUCGAUUUAGCCCGAAUUCUCUCAGGUAUGACGUCCCAGGGAUUGCUCGUUACGCGCGCCAUGGGAACCAAGUUUCUUCCAACUUGCAUUCGGCGAUUUAUUCGAAACCAAAGACUGCAAAAUGAUCCAAAAUAUCAGAAAUUGUUCGAUCUAUAACGUUUUAUCGAAACCGAUGUAUCAGGCCGCGAGGACAUUAGAAUACUGAGAAAUUGAGAUUUCCCUCGUCACAAUUCAAACUUGAAGAAGAAUCCCACGACGAUGUCCCGAGGUGAAGUAAAAAGUCUAGCGACGACGCUCUCGAGAAAGCGAGGAGAGAGGUCAAGCGGCUGGAAAUAUCGAAAACUUGAACCCAACUCGAAGGUUUCCAGGGCCAACGUAAUUCUCAAUCCCUGCGACGUACGAAGCAAGUUUCGAACGUCUUCGUCCCCCACGGUUUGGGAAACGAAAAAAAGAAAGAAAAAAAGAAAAAAAAAAAACAGGCAACACAACCACGGGGGAAGAGAUACGAUGGUAGCCGGUUUCGCGAAAUUCUCUCGAAA